UUUGAAGCUUGCUCACAUGAACUGAAAAAUUUUGUGCGUGACGAAGGCUAACACAACAGAAACUUUCACAAAACAUAUGUGUCCAAUUACCCAAGUCGUUAAUUGUUUAACUUGGAGAUGCUUACGUUAGGUUUGUGGUCUAGUCUUGAGAAGGAACUGCAAGCUCUUUUGAAAGAAACAAAAGCAAAGCAGUCAAAGUUCCGUCAAGUUGUCGAAGAGUGUAUUCAGAACGUUCAUAGAGUAGAACAGUUGGAAGAAGACUUGGUUCUUCAAAGCGUUGUGUUUGUUCUGAUCACAGGUCUUGAAUCCAAGGAAAGCAAAGUAGUUACCUCUUCUUUAUCUUCUGUAGAGUUUCUUCUUUCACAUGGGACCUUUGAUGAUACCUAUGGAGAUCAGCUCCUGAACUUUUUAGAGACUCAGUUAGCGUCCCAAAUAGAAAGCAAACACAAGUUGAAGUCACUUCAAGUUUUGAUACUAUUUUGUUCAUACUGCGUGAAACAAAAGUAUCCUGAUUGUGAUUAUUUAUUUCGUGGCCUUUCUAUCCUAUUGAAGUGUUUAAGGGAUGAACUGUUGCAGCCAGAGUGGAAAGCUGCUACGGAAGCAGGUUUCCGACAAAUAGUCUCUGAAGCUUUUGAAGUAGUUCGUUCGCAGGAUUCGAAUACAUCUUUAAAUGAGUUGACUCCAUCCAUGACCAGUGCUUAUCUUCUGUUUCAAGAUUUAUGCCGCAUGGUAUCCAAGUCGACUGUUUCGAAUAAUCGACUUGCAGGUCACCCUCCGCGACGCUCAUUAGUUUAUCAGAUAUUGAUGGACUGCAUUCGCUCUCCAGCGUUUAUCGAGAAUAUAGUGUUCAAACAGUUACUCUUGGAAGUCUUUCCUCAAGUUUUGAGCGUUGAAAAUUUGACAGAAAUAGGAACUGACGACUUAUCAAGCUUUUUGAUGCUCUUCGUUGAUUAUCUUCAGCUCUAUAUCAAGAUAUUACCGGAGCAAUGUGUAGGAACUUUUCAUGAGCUGUUUCCCAGUAUGUUUUCCUUCUCAUGUCCUGAAGAGAAGAUCAACGUCUUUCUUGGAGGAAUGUUUGACUUGUUUCAAGUUUCAGAUGAUCAAUCCAUAUUUUUAGUUUCAUAUAUUUCAAGUUCCUCAAAUAUUUUAGAUGCAGAAGUUUGGAGGACAAGUUGUUUGACCAUUUUUAAAGAUUUGUUUAGCUUCUUCACAAGACUUGUACCGAAAAUACCGCAAAAUGUUUUUUCUUCCAAUGAUUCUCGUAUUGAUGCGCAAGUGGAAGUUGUCAGAAUUCUUCCAAAUGUUAUAGAUACAAAAUAUCAGCGAGCAUUCCUUAUUUUAAAAAUAAUUCAGCGAACUCUUGAAAGCUUUUCUAUUGCGAAGAAUGAAUGCAGGAAUACUUUCAAUGUAUGGGAAACUAUUGUUCGAACAAUCCUUCCCAUGAUUCAAGAAAUUCUGAGAUACUACUCAAGACAUCAUCAGUCUUCAUUGCUUCACUUUUGUUAUAUAGAAACAUGGAGAUGUAUUAUUGAGUCUUUGAAAAACAUGCAAAUGUACGCGGAACUCAAUGAACUUUUGAAGUAUAUUUGUGGAGUAUUGAGAGAAGAUUUAUUGCCUCUGAAGGUUGACCAUUGGAAUACAUAUCCAGUUCUAGUACGGAAACAUAUCUCAAGUCUUCUUCCAUUAAUUAUGGAUGUGGUAAAAUGUUUUGUGUUUCUAAAGAAUUCGGAUGAAAACAACUCUUCUUUGUCCGACUUUUUCUCGCUUGUGUUUCUGUUGGACUUUUUAUCGAGUCAGGAUAAUGUUGAAGGUACUUACUUUUUAUUUAUUGCUGUUAGAAUCCUUGUUUAUGUGUUGUUUUCUCUAGAUUCUCGCAAAUUAUCUUCUGACUUGAACGAUUUCUUUGGAGAGUUGUUGAGGAAUUCCUCAGCGCAGCAAACUCGUUUGAUAGUAUCGCAAUGCUUUCAUGAGAUAUACCGAGAGUGCACAACUUAUACUGAGUUAUCACUUAAGAAAAAGCCCCGAAUGGAUCAAAUAUUUCUUCAGCGUCUUUUAUGGUUGGGAGAAUGUUUAGAAAGAGUGGAUACGUCUCUGAAGAAGUUUUUAUUAUCGACUUGCGCCGAAUUUGCUGGUAAUUUGAUGACAGAUAAUUCAGUUCCUGAUGAAGUUCAAAUAACGGGCGUAAAUAUUAUCGUCAAAGUUAUCCAUCUCAUGAUUGCAGAUGCCGACAUUGAUGCUUAUUUUCAUUGCACUGAUCCAUUCUUGUUAGAAUUAUUUCGCUCUAUGAUUGUUUUGGAGAAUAUUGUUGUGUUUGAUCGCGUUUUACAAGCCAUCACAGACAUUCUGCAGAGUUAUUCACAUAUUCUGGAUUCUGUGCACUCCUGGAACACUCUUUUGGAGAUGUUGUACGAGAUUCCAAUGAAGGAAGAUUUCCAACUUAUAAUCUUUCGCCUAAUCACUAUAUUAUCGAAAGAUUUUAUAUCAUGUAUGCCCUAUGACACGGAAUGCUUGCAUUUGUGGUCAAAGAUUUUGUGUCGUUGUAUUCAAAGUUUGAAGGACUUGAAUUUAUCUUUGACUUGCCUAGGAUAUAUAUGGAAUACUAUUGACUCUGUUUCAAGACAUUGGAGAGAAACUGAGAUUGAUAAAAGCAAGUUGGUCUACGACACGCGACAACUUGAGUUGUAUUAUAGUCACCUUGCUUCAAUCAUGACUGAAAUUUGCGUUCUUACCCGAGAUGGACGUCCUGAAAUAAGGAAUUCAACUUUACGAAUGAUUAUUGAUGUGGUAAAGGUUGCAGCAAGUAAACAAUUUCCAGGCUUUUGGAAGCAGGUCUGUCAAACUUUUCUGAUUCCUACUUGUUAUUUUUUGUUUGAAGAUAACCAUAAUGAAUAUUCAGAAUCAAGUAAGCUUGAUACAAAUAUAAGAAUUCACCACAGCAGAAAUACGAUGGAAAAGCAGUGGGAUGAGAGUAGAAUCAUUUUUCUAGAAGGCAUAGUGAAACUUUUUUAUCAAUUCUGGGGUAGUUUUGUUCUUGAUGAAGAGGACAUAAUUGAAUUCUGGUCCCAAGUUGUACAGUUUGUUUUGCGCUGUUUAAACAAUCCAAGGACAGAGCUCUGCAAGGCUGGAGUGGAUAUGAUGAUGUCUGUCUUUGACUGCUUUUGUGACCAAGAAGCGAUUGUUCAAGAUGUUAUAAAUGGACAGGAAAGAAGUUUAGAAAUCAUGUUUUGGGAGCGUUUUUGGAAAAUUAUCGAGCAAUACAUUCCACGAAAUGAUAAAUAUGAAAUAGACGAAGCCAAUGUGCCUUCGUUUCUAACAUUGAUGAAUGGAUUGAAGAACUUAUUGAGGAAUUCGAGACAUUCAUUCGUGCCUUUCCAAGCAAAGAUAUUAUUUGACAUGGUGAUGUAUCCGACUUGUUCUCUCAAUGGUUUAAAGAAUGAAGAGCUUUUUAUUUCAGCCAUAGAUUUUUUUCGUGAAGCGAGUUUUGAUAAUGAAAGUGACUGCUGGAAUGUACUCUUCGAGGAAUUACUAAACCUCUGUCGGCAUUGUCUGGAGACCAGAAUGGACCAUUUUGAAUAUUCUACAAAGGUGCGACUUUCUUUAGAAGCAAUUGAAAAUACAUUUCAAAAGGAUUCCAUUCCUGUGAAACCGCGAGUAUUGUACAUCGGAGCAUUUGUAGAAUUGUUAUUGCCUUGUAUUGAACAAUAUUCUUUCGAGGAUCUAUCGAAGAGCGCAUUGGCAUUGGAUAGUUUGAAGGCCCUUGUUGUUGUUGUCAAGUCUUGUGUUUUGAAGGACUUUUCUUUCAAGGA